AUGAAAGAUAAACAAGUAGAAGUGUGGGAUGAUGAUGGAGAUCUUUGGGGAGAUGUGUAUGAUGACAAAGAAGAUAUUUUUGAUACUCCAGUUAUGCGAGAUAACAAGGAAGAUGGAUCUUUUAUUGAUGAAAUAAUGGCAAAAGAUAUUCAUGAAGUUAUGGAAAAGGCAGAACGUUCAGGCAUUCCUUUACCACGAAAUAUUACACCCUCAGCAUUAAUGGGUGGUACCAUUCUUCGUUUAGGAACUCGGAAAACAGGAGUGACAGUAAUGGAUGAUUGGGGAGACGAUUUACAAUUAACACAAGCUAUGUUAAAUGGGAAAAUUACUCCACGGCCAGUAACAGUGGAAGAUGAUGAUGUAUUUAAGGAGAUUGACGAUUGGUCAAUAAAACAACCAAAACCACAAACAGCAAUUCAAAAGAGACUUCGAGAAGGAUUGCUUCCUCGAAAAAGUACAGAACCAUCAUAUACUACGCAAAAUGAUAUCUCAGAUGAUGCGUUUGAAGGAGAUUUUGAUAUUCCAAGUGAUAUAAAUCAUCUUCGGAUUCAUCAUUCAGUCGGAAAAAUACCACAUAUGUCGUCCAUGUCUCAAACACUCACUUUGGAAAGUGAUAACGAUGAUUGGGGCGACUCAUCUUUAGGAAUACGGAGUGCUGGUGGGGACUCCCGAUCUGCACGUGCAUCUGUAGCAUCUAGUUUGAGUCCAUCUAUGAGUUCAAUUACAUUAAGUGAAGACGAAGGUAUUUUGGAUGGAAUCGAACUUCCAUCUACAGCAUUAGAUUUACAAAAAAGAUUCGAUACAUUCAAACAAAAGAAAGUAAAUGAAAAUAUACUUAAGGAUAGUCAACCUUUAAAAGAAGACUUUUUUACAGAUAUUGAAAUAGAUGAAGAUCAUUUUCUUGAUUUUUCAAGGAAUUUAAAUUCUAAUAUUAACAUUGUAAGGCAUAUGACAGUAAAUGAUACAUUAAAUCUUCAAAAAAAACCUCAAGCAACAAUCAAGUUUGCAUCCAAAACAUCUCGUAUUCCGCAACCUAUUUUUCCAUCAAUCAAAGCAAAUAAAGAGAAUGCAUCUAAAACACCAUAUUCAGGAAUUCGUACAUUUGUAAAUCAAGAAAAAAUAAUAUCUAAAAAGCCUUCUUUAAUGAAUUUUCGAGAUACAGAAGAGGAUUUUCAUAUUAUGUCUACUAAACGAUCAAUGCCUUCUUUACAGACCCAAAGCUCAUCAUCAUCUCAACACGUUUCACCAGAUAAUUUACGACUCAAAUCAAAUUUAUAUAAUGCAUAUCAUAAUCAAUCUAAAAUUGCUUUAGAGAAUGGUUAUUUAAAGACACAUUCAAAUACUUCUAACACAUCUAGUUCACGGUACUCGAGAGGAAGUGAUGAUUUUUCCUCAAUGAUUAAUAGAAUUCCGCGUUAUGUUUCGCCUACUAAUGCUUCAUUAGCAAGAGGUGGCACAUUACUAAAUAAAUUUCAAAAGUAUGCAUUAAAUAAAAUUUCACAAAAUUAUUCACCAACUAGAAUUAUAACUCGUCCACGAAGGUUAACAAAUUUUGGGGAUGGGACAGAAUUAGAUGCAUUUGAUGAUUUGCCAAUAUGUCCAGCUAUAGAAAACAAAUAUUCAGCAAAAGCGCAUAAAAAAGAACAAGCAAAAUAUAAAGAUACAUCAGAUGCACAAUUAGCUUCUACUUUUUCAAAAAUCCUUGAAAUAGAUCAAUAUAGAGACAAAGAAUUAUGUAAAAAUACAGCUCAUCCUAUGAUUGCUAGACAAAGUAAUCUUAAACAUAGAACUUCUAUACAAGCAUUUCCUACUAAAAUUAAAAUAAUGAAAAAGAACAAACAAAUGCCUACUCUUAUACGUAAUUUAAAUUCAUCACAUAUUCCUAAAGUUAUUGGGCAGAUGAAAUAUAACCCUCAAACACGAAUUUGGGAAGGCAAUGAAAUAGAAUUACAAAAGUUUGAUCUAAAUACUACAUCCCCUCCACGUCCUGCACUUAUUUCUCAUGUUUCUGACAAAAAAGGUAUUCAAGUUGUUGGAAAUAUGAUGUUUGAUCCUCAGAAAAUGUGUUGGGUUAAAAUUGAUCUAUCAGCAGAAGAUGAAAAUGACCCAUUUGAGGGAAUUAAUGACUUAGUUAGUAAUGACCCUCUUAUUUUUUUUGAUUCUGCAAAAAAUUCUAAAAGCUCUUUAUCGAAUUCAAAUUACCUAGACACUCAAGAUUUUGUUGUUGGUGAAGAAUUUGAUGUAGGCCCUGGAUUUAUUCGAAAACAAAGAGAAGAAGAAGAACAUUGGAAAAAAAAUAUGCAGGGUUGGAUUAGAUCAGGUUUGCCAAAUCGUACUCAUUUACGAGAAAUUAGAGAAGUAUCUUUGAAAAUUAUUUAA